AUGCAGCCUUUGUACUUCAUAUCGACAAAAUUCUGUGUUGUUCCACAUGUGAUAGAUGCCCAGUCGGUUCCUUCCACAGACAAGAAUGUGAAGAUAUACAUCGACGAUAUCUUGUAUAAGGAUUCCGCCUAUGAGGGGGGACUUGACCUCGAGAUAAAGGAAUUCUGUGCCCUUUCCAACAUAAAAACAUGUCUAGGAUUCAGGAACAAGCCCAACACUUUAGUUUCGAAGAGGGGGCACUACAAACUCAAGAGGCAGAAGUAUGAAGAAAUACUUGAAGUCCUGAAGCCAGACUACUAUGCAGACUUUGACACGGGAAAGAUUUUUAUAGACGGGAAUGAAUUGAUAGAACCUAAGGAGGUCGAAGAAUUCAUAGAAUUGUUGAACAAGGGCCAUUUGGUUUUUGGGACUGAGUUCAUCAACAAUCUUGUCAAUCAGGGGAUGAUGAUGAAAUUUGAUGGAUGUAGACUUGAUGUCUGUGGAAUAUUCGAUUGCAAAUGCUGUGGAGACUUGUCUGCAGGAUAUUUGAAGUAUCUUUGGAGCAUCAAGGAGAUGAAUGCGCUUACAUAUCUUGCAAUACACAACUAUAAUGUCCUUGAUGAAGUAUUUGAGGCUAUAGGGUCCAACAAAAUAAGUUACCGAGAAGUAGAGAUGGGGGACAGGAUCUGA